AUGUCUACUCCAAACGAACAACGCCAGGUCAUCGCUCUUGCAGGAAACGGCAACCUAAGCAGAUAUCUCAUCGAAGAGCUGUGCAAAGAUGAUCGAUACGCCGUGGCCGUCCUCACUCGACAGGAACCCCCAACCAACCCAACUCCCAACCUCACCUACCACCAAACAGACUACACGCUCCCCUCCCUCAUCUCCAUCCUCACCUCCACACGCGCCACAACACUCAUCUCCACCCUCAAUCCCCCUGAACCCCUCUACCUCCCCCUCCACACCACCCUCCUCUCCGCGUGUCUCGACUCCCCACUCUGCAAACGCUUCAUCCCCUCCGACUGGGCCGGCAACGUCGAAGACUUCCCCAACAUCCCCCGGAUGUAUGGUCGCACGCGCGCUCCGUUCCGCGAGACCCUGCGCCAGACGCCCGGGAUCAAAUCCACGAGCUUCAACUUCGGCUGGUUCAUGGACUACUUCCUGACAGAGGAGAAGUCGUACAUGGCGUUCCUGGAGGGCGAGUUCCCGGUUGAUCCGCGCCCGAGCGUCUGGCGGUGGGUGGUCCGGGGAACGGGCGAGGAGCCCCAGGCGUGGACGUGUGCGAGGGAUGUCGCGAGGGCGGUGGUGGUGUUGUUAGGGUGUGAGGAGUGGGAACCAGUGACAUACAUCACCGGACAACGGGGCACAUAUAAAGAGAUGGUGAAAAUAUUAGAGCGGUUCUACGACCGCCCCUUCCGAACAACCCACCGCAGCCUCGACGAUAUUAAUCGAACUAUCGCCAAUCCUAGUACCAAGGCUGAGCUGACGAUCGCCGAAGUAGAGGAAUGGGAGGUGAGUGGGGCGACGGCUUGUCCGGAAGAGAAGACCGAGCGGCAGUAUGAGAAGUUCUUCAAGGGGAUGAAGUUUAUGUCUGUGGAAGAGAUGCUGAGGAAGGCGGAGACUGAGGGGCGGGUUUAA